AUGUUGUCUUCGUCUGUACCACAAGUUACACAGGUUAUGUUGCCGGCUUUACAAAAUUCACCUGCUGCCUCCCAACAUACACCUACCAUCUCACAAAAUUCACCUUCUGCCUCACAAAAUAUACCUAUUGCUCCACAAAAUUCACCUACCACCUCACUAAAUUCACAUGCUGCCUCCCAAAGUCCACCAGUUGUCUCACAAAACUCACCUACUUCACAAAAUUCAAUUUCUUCACAUAACCUGCCUGUUCUGCCUACCUCGAGUUUUGUGCCUCAACCAGAAGCGUCUACUGUUGCUCCCUCUGAUUCUGUGUCUAAUCUAUCUGGUGAGUUACAUUGUCAGGCACAAUCGCACCAGCCUGUUGGUCGCAGGUCCCAACGAACGAGGCGUCCGAAUCCGCGGUAUUUUAAUGACAAGUUUGUGAACGUAGUCACUGUGCAUCCGUUAUCUCCAUCUGUUGAGCCACGCACCGUUACUCAAGUAUUGCAAGAUACUCAGUGGAAAUUGGCGAUGGUGGAAGAAUAUGAUGCCUUAGUGCGCAAUUCUACGUGGGAACUUGUUCCCCGUGCUGAUAAUAUUACUGUAGGUUAUAAGUGGAUUUUUAGAGUGAAGCGCAAACCAGAUGGCUCUGUUGACAGGUUCAAGGCUAGAUUGGUGGCUAAAGGAUUCUCGCAAGAACCGGGUCGCGACUAUUAUGAGACCUUUAGUUCGGUAGUCAAGCCAGUUACUAUUCGUAUUAUAUUUACUAUUGCUUUGAAACAGGGGUGGUUACUACGUCAGUUAGACAUCAACAAUGCAUUCUUAAAUGGAACUUUGCAUGAGGAUGUCUACAUGGAGCAAUCGACAGGUUUUGUUCAACCUGGACUAGAGCAUCACGUGUGCAGAUUGAAGAAAGCAAUUUAUGGAUUGAAACAGGCUCCAAGGGCUUGGAACGAUGACGGCUUUAUUAAUUCUUUUAUCUGUAAACUAGCAGCUCGGUUUUCCCUAAAGGAUUUAGGUGUGCUCUCACACUUUCUUGGUGUGGAGGUUGUACCUACGUCCACUGGCUUGUUUUUAUCGCAGGGCCAGUAUGUGGUGGAUAUUUUAGAGCAAUUCUCUAUGGCGGGGGCGAAGGAGGUGUCUACUCCUAUGUGUUCAUCAGUGGACUUGUCUCGACAAGGGGGUGAUUCGGUUGAUCCUACGUUAUACCGGAAGGCGAUUGGCAGGUUCGUCCUUCUCGCUCGUGGCUCCGUGAAGCAGCGUUCUAUUUCCCGGUCGUCUACUGAAGCUGAGUUUCGCGCUCUGGCCAACUCAGCUGCCGAAGUCUUAUGGAUUCAGCAUCUUUUGUCUGAGCUUGGUGUGGUUUUGCCUAGUUCCCCGGAGUUGGUUACGGAUAAUUUGAGUGCCACAUAUGUGUGUAAAAAUCUGGUGUUUCAUUCUCGGAUGAAGCAUUUGGCACUGGACUACUUCUUCGUGCGGGAACGGAUUACAGAUGGGUCGCUAUGUGUUCAACAUAUACGGUCUGCUCAGCAGGUGGCCGACUUACUCACUAAGCCUCUUGGGCGGCACCUGUUUACUUAUUUUCGGGACAAGAUUGGAGUUUCCGAUGGCUCCUCCAUCUUGCGGGGGGCGUGUGAAAGAAUAGCCUCUAUAUAA